AUGCAGAGCCUACAAUUGACUCUUGUGCUCUUUGUCUUGUUCUCCUAUGUCCCACCAGUUAGAAGUGGAGUGAAUAUGUACAUAAAACGGAUUUACGAUACGUGCUGGAAUCUAAAAGGCAUGUGUAAGAAUCACUGUCCAAAAGACGAAAUUUUUCACACUUUAUGUGGUGUUGAAUUGCUGUGCUGUAUAAAGGCCAAGGAAAUGCCUGUUCUCUUCGUGAAGUAG